CCGGCCUGCUGAGGAGGAGCUGUUGGCUGCUCACUGUUGCCGCGGAGGGGGAGGGGCCGUAGCUGUUGCUCUGUGGAGCUGAGCUUUCGGUCCGGCCAGCUCUCUAGGAAACGCCGUGGCGCCGAGCAGGGCCUAGUGCCGGGGGCCCGAGCAACGGGCCGGACAGGUUUACCCAUGUCCGUGACGUGUUGGCCGAGGCUUUGCGGCUGCUCCCCGCCCUUGGAGCUGCCAGUCACUACCCUUUGGACUCCGUGAUCCCUGACAAACGUCAUGAGCAUUGCAAUCCCUCUGGGAGUCACUACACCAGAUACAUCUUAUUCAGAUAUGGCUGCUGGAUCUGACCCAGAGUCUGUCGAAGCUAGCCCAGCUGUUAGUGAGAAGAAUGUGUAUGCAAAUCACGGCUACGGGGCCUCCCAAAGGCACAGCUACCGAGGGCUGCCUUAUGCAGAUCAUAAUUACGGAGCUCCUCCUCCUCCGACCCCUCCUGCUUCUCCCCCUGUCCAGACCAUCAUCCCACGUGCAGAACUGAAUGGCCUGCACUCUCAUGAUGAGGAGAAUUCUGGUGACACAGAGAGCUCUUCAGAGGCAGAAUCUAUUCCCAGCUGGUGUCACUGCAGUCUCUCCCAAGAUGGCUUCCUCAUCAAAUGUGAAAAAUGCAGGGGAAUUGGCAGGGGAAAAGUAAUCAGAUUCCGUCGCCGGAAACAAGACAACGUGUCAGGUGGAGAUAGCAGUGCAACAGAGAGCUGGGAUGAGGAGCUCUCUCCCUCCACAGUGUUGUAUACUGCUACACAGCACACUCCUACAAGCAUCACUCUGACAGUCAAUCGAGUCUGUAGAACCAAACCUAAAAAGAGGAAAAGGAAUACAGAGAGAGCUCGUACAGUACCAAAAGCUAAAAAAAUCAAGGCUUUUAGAGAAGGUUCACGGAAAUCUUUGCGGAUGAAGAAUUCUCCUUCAGAAGCCCACGCCCUGGAUGAGAAUACCACAGAGGGGUGGGAAAACCGUAUUAGACUCUGGACUGAUCAGUAUGAAGAAGCCUUCACAAACCAGUACAGCGCUGAUGUGCAAAAUCUCCUAGAGCGUCAUCUCAAUGCUAAUAAAGAGUUUGUGGGCAAGGCAGCGGUGCUGGACACAAUCAAUAAGACUGAAUUGGCCUGUAACAACACAGUUAUUGGAUCCCAAAUGCAGCUGCAGCUGGGGAGAGUAACCCGGGUUCAGAAGCACCGAAAGAUUUUGAGGGCAGCUAGAGAUUUGGCUGCGGAUACCCUUAUAAUUGAAUAUCGUGGGAAAGUGAUGCUAAGACAACAGUUCGAGGUCAAUGGUCAUUUCUUCAAAAAGCCGUAUCCCUUUGUGCUGUUUUACUCCAAAUUUAAUAGCGUUGAGAUGUGUGUGGAUGCCCGCACUUUCGGAAAUGAUGCCAGAUUCAUCAGGCGUUCCUGUACACCAAAUGCAGAGGUUCGCCACGUGAUUGCAGAUGGGAUGAUUCACCUGUGCAUAUAUGCCGUUGCUUCCAUUGCCAAAGAUGCAGAGGUCACCAUUGCCUUUGAUUAUGAGUACAAUAUCUGCAACUAUAAAGUGGAUUGUGCCUGCCACAAAGGAAACCGGAAUUGUCCUGUGCAGAAGCGGAGCCUGAACCCUGUAGAACAGCUACCUCCACCUAUUUUAGACACUCUGAUUGGAGCAGAGACUAGGCGUCGGAAAGCCCGUCGGAAGGAACUGGAGCAGCAGGGUGCAGCCUCAGAUGAGAACAGCAAUCCACAAACAGAGGAAGUCUCAGAGGGUCUUGCUGCAGUGAGUGAUAAUGAGGCUGCAGAUAAAGAAGAGAAGCAAGAAGGGGAGAAGGAAGCUGCUGUCGAUGAGCUGGGGGGUCUCAGUCAGGGCAGGCGGACCCGAGAAGAUAGAAAGGUGGAAGCCAUCAUGCAUGUAUUUGAGAAUCUGGAAAAAAGAAAGAGGAGGCGAGAUCUGCCCUCAGAUAGGAGCAGCACGGAUGCAGAAAUAGUGGUUACUGCAGAGACUCCAGAACCAGAAGAAGUAAAACCUGUGCCAAAUGAAAAUGAAGAUAGCAAUUUGGCUUUAAAUGUUUCUGUGGCAAGUGCUCCAACUUGUGUCAGCAGCAUUGGGGUGAACACUCGGAGAUCUUCACAGGCUGGGGAGACAAGUACAGAUAAGCCAGUCCCUAAAUCAGCACCACCCAAAGCACCGAGGCCCAGGCCCAAAAGCCGUUUUUCGCGUUACCGGAGCAGUUCAGCACAGCGACUGAGAAGACAAAAACAAGCUGCCAGUGCCCAGCAGUCUGAACUCUCUCAGGCUGCUCCAGAGGAAGGAAGUGGCGCGAGUGCGGCAGCGGCAGCGGAAGUGAGCGGGGUGGAGGGCCCAGGAGAGGGGAGGCAGCAGGUGGUGAACUCGGAUCCAGUUGUGACAGCCACCGCAGGAUCCCAGGCCAACCGGGCAGCACCCAAAUACCCUAAAACGAAAAAGUAUCUAGUUACAGAGUGGCUGAAUGACAAAGCAGAGAAGCAGGAGUGCCCCAUCGAGUGUCCUUUACGUAUCACCACCGACCCAACUGUGCUGGCUACCACCCUGAAUAUGUUGCCCGGCCUUGUUCACUCCCCACUCAUUUGUACCACCCCCAAACAUUACAUCCGUUUUGGCUCUCCUUUCAACCCAGAAAGGCGAAGGCAGCCAUUUCAGCUGGAUGGGAAUUACAGCUCAUGUAAAAAGCGUUGGAUGAAGCAGGCUCUGGAAGAAGGAAUGACUCAGACCUCACCUGCUUCCCAGGAGAACAGAACCCAGUGUCUAUACCAAAGCAAUGAGAGUAGUAGUGUUUCUGGCAUUUGCACAGAAAAUACAGAUGUAUUGAGCCCCCUGAAGAAGUGGAAGUCUCGAUAUUUGAUGGAACAGAGUGUUACUAAAUUAUUGAGGCCACUGUCUCCAGUCACUCCUCCGCUUCCUGACUCCUUGGUUCCAGAUUCACUGAGCCCACACCUAACCACGUCCUCCUCAUCUGUGCCAGGAGAGGAGGAAUGUCGCAGUGGCUGUGGUGUGAUCUUCUCCCCGAUUCCCUCCUUGGCUGCUAGUCGCUGCAAUACUCCACUACAGUUUGAGCUCUGCCUUAGGACAGAUCUUGACAUGCCAAAGGCAGGAUUCCUGGACACCGGUGCUAACAGCUGCCUAGAGAGACCUUCGUUACUCACCCCGGGGCAUUCUGACCCAGCAUCCCAGCCCUCAGAUACCAGCUUCUUGGGAAAGAGCGGGGAAACCCAGACUCUGCUCAGAAACUCUGACCAAGCUUUUCGGACAGAGUUUAACUUAAUGUAUGCCUUUUCCCCUUUGAACGCUAUGCCCCGGGCAGAUGGAUUACUAAGAGAAUCUCCCCAGAUGGCCGAUGGGAAGCUUCUGAAUCCAGAUACGGGCAGCUGCAGUUCUCCUGCAGAGGGAUACUUUGGCAGGCAUGAGCAGACAAUUCUUAAAGAAGCAGUACAUGGCUCAGUGGCCCAUUGUAGUGAGAGAACUUGUGAAGGAGUUAAACCUGCCCCCCAGAACCCUCCACAAAGAAAAAAGGUGUCUCUGCUGGAGUACCGCAAACGAAAGCAAGAAGCCAAGGAGGGAGGGGAUUCUGCUCGAUGCACAGGGGCAUCUAAUCGACUAAGUGGCAGCUGCUCUGGGGCAGAUGUGGAUGCUGGCAUUAUGCCAGGCUCUGGGGGCCACACAUUGUCCUCUCCACAACAUGGCUUCUCCCCCUCACACUCCUCCCUGUCUCAUCUAGAGGAAGUGAGCCCACCAGAACCAAGAGCAACUACACACUGCAAAUCACAAGACAGCAUCAGCAGUAGGUGGAUGGUGCCCACCUCUGUGGAGCGACUUAGAGAAGGACGUGGCAUUUUGGAGAAGGUUUUACGUAGCAGUGCUAAAAUAUGUCAGCGAGGAGAACCCUCGCCCUCUCGAGAUAGCAUAGGGGAGAGAGAAGUAGAUGCUGUAGAAGGAGACUUAUCAGAAUCCCUCAGUUCUUCCUUUAAGGGUCCAGCUGUUUACAGUCCUUCUCGAUACAGCUACCAGCUCUUGCAGUCUGACAGUCCACGCACAGAAUCUCAGACUCUUCUUCAGAGUUCCUCACCAUACCGAGGACAUCCCGUCCCAUCCCCUGGGUACAGUUACCGGUCUCAGUCCCAGAGAACAGGACACCUUCCCUCACUCAGCUCUUCAGAAUCCUCCAUGUCCUCCACCCCAUCGGGCUCCACGGACUCAUCGGCUCUGUUUGCAGGGACCUCUGGGUAUUAUAGCAACCAGCAUCACUCGGGCAGUGGAGUCUUGAAGAAGAACUGUCCCACAACUGCUGCUCCUAGUCCUGCCCAUUCAACAGUUGCAGACUGUUUGCCGUCCUCUGAAUCAGGGUCGCAUCCCUGCAUGGGAACUGCCAGCUGCACUUCUUCCUCUCGGCCCUCUCAGUCAGACUUACGGACUAUCAACCCCCCCGCUUCCGGGCAGCCUGCUCUCUAUCAGAGCUCCAGAGCCGCAGCACUUUCCAACUCGCAGCACUACUCUCACCGAGGGGGAGGAAGCAGCCUUCACCAAUACAGACUGCAGCAACUUCCAGGAUCAGGCGUAAAGACUCAGACAGGCCUUUCUUAGGGCAGGACAGAAUUGCCUACUGUUCCUUCCAGCAGUAGCUUGAAAGGAAGAACGCUGGAACGGCAAAGGGCCGGAGGCUGAGGCUUCAGGAUGUACAAGCAAGCGAAAGCACUGCCAGCCACCCCUGGCUUUGAAAAGAGGAGAAAGCAGUGGUGGUGGCGGUGGUGGCAGAGCCUGUAGCAAAGCACCUCCGUGAUGCCUGGGUACGUUGUAGAGAAAGCAAAUGGUGCUGAGUGGCAUGGCCUCUGUCUCCUGCCUGUGCCCUUAGCUUGUAGUCAUCUGGGCAGGUAGGUAAGCUUGAAUAUGAAACAGUGCAAAUCAGAAAAUUAGGGAAGGGCAAACGGGGGGGCGGGGGCGUUACUUUAAAUCCCAAAGUGCUCUCUGCAGAGUUGGGUUCCCAGAAUAUUCUGGGUUGGGGAGGGUGGGUGGUGUAGUCCAUUCUGAUCAUUCCAGUUGUAAGCAAGAGCAUUUAUUAUGUCCAGGCUCUGGGCAGAGACCCAUGGGAUAGGGCUGGUGGUAGUAUGCGUAUGUAUGUGUGCACUCGUGUGAGUCUGUGUGUGUGAGAGAGGGCAGGACGUGCAAGCAAGUAUUGCUGCAAGCAGUCACAAGGAUAAAGUCAUGCCAUGUCACAGAAUUGAGUCUCGGGCAAGCUGUAUUCCAUGAUGGGGCCAGUUGGAGUGUCGCCACGUUCUGCAAUGUGAUGAUGUGACCAUGGUGGCUUGUCACAGGGAACGGCUUUUACGAUGUGCUGUUCUGUAGUUUGAUUGUGUAGUCUGUGGAUGGUGGUGAGAGAAAUGCCCGGUCUGGUAGUGACGUUGCUGCUCUUGUCAAAAGUGUCCUAGUACGUGUGAGAGGCUACCACCUCUUGAGGUCCAAGAGCACUUCCAGGACCACUGGAUGCGCUGUCCAAUUCCAUACAGUUGCCAGCUUUUCUCACUUGUUUACUCUCAAGCGUGUGUUUUUAUUUAUCUAAUUUUAUAUUCAGUUAUAACCAUAGUAGGUUAGCAAAUAUCAGGCAGGUCUAACCCCAGUGCUGCCAUGGACCUUUUCCUUCCCUCCUUGACAAGAUAAUGCUGUGAGCAUGUCUUCCCUCAUUUCUCAGAUGCAAAAUCUUUUUGGUUUUUCCUUUUCCUUUUUAAUUAGGACUGUUACAGGUUUCUCUAACUCACUGAAAUCAGGUGUUCUUCAUUCAAUUUAGGGGAGACUUUUAAAAAUAUCAAAAGCAGAGAAGAAAAAGAAACCUCUCCUCAAAGUAUCUGGCUGUGAGCGUGUUGGGGAUGGAACUUGUCACCCAGAAGGCGGGUGUCCUAUAUACUGUAUAAAAAGGGUGUCAGCUUCACUGGGCUUUGCAGCCUCCUUUUCCAUCAUGUUGAGCAUGCUUUGAGCAUUGCACGGAUUCUUCUGGAGAACAGCAGGCAGAGAUAAAGCACUAUUCAGGGUGCUGGGAAGGGUAGGAGCCACCGGGAAGUUGGGGGUGGGGGGCUGCAGUGCUGCCCUCAAGUGGAGUUGUACACUGUGCUGUAAUAUUUGAACUUUCACAAGAGAUGUAAUAAUUUUGAUAAUAAAAUACUU